UUGUACGGAACUCAGCAUUGUUUAUAUUCAAACCUGCACCACUAUUCAGCUGAUCUUCCUGUACAACUAGAGUCUACAUCCCACUAUAAGUUAAUUAUAUUUUGUAAACAUUUAAUGUUAUGUAGGGUUUGUUUUCUUUACCCAUUAGUUAGAUUCCUUAAUCAGGAUAUCUCUUCCAUAAACAGGGUCAAACAUAUAAGAUACCUAUAAUGUGAAUAAGUUAUAAACUCUAUAGAUCUAGACCUAAGUAUUAUCUUCCUAUAUGUGAUUAACUCAUGCCAGUGUGUCGUCUGAUGUUUUAAAAACUGCCAUACAUAAUGAAAAAAACAGUACAUUUAUUUAACCUGUAUGCCUUGUAAGACGAAUCUUUCCGUAUGGGCGUAUUUUCAUUUAACUGAAGCUAACAAGAUCUGACACAAUGGUUGACAAAUCGCCCUUAGACGACUACUCCAAUCUCGAACCCAAAAAGAAAGAGGAUGCGCCACAGAAAGACCCACCCAAACCCGAGGCUGAGAAAAAUAACCCACCACAAGAUGAUGGAGCCACACCUAAAGGGAACGAAGCUAAAGACAACGCAAACCCCUCAACCUCAGUCGCAACUGAAGACGAAUCAGCCAAAAUGAGAGAUAACGAACUUCCAUCAGAAGCCGAAAGAAGGAAUAGUUGCAAGUAUCUCUUGAUUGAAGUGGUCAUGCAUUUCGGGAAGGUGAUGUCGUACUGUGUGCUGCUAAUCUUCCUGAUCCUGUACUCCGUUGUGGGGGCCUUGCUGUUUCAGUAUCUGGAAACUGAGGCCAUUCGCACGCUCAACAAAAACGUCACACUGGGUGAUUUGAAGAAGAAUUUUGUGGAUAAGAUUCUAGACGCUGCCAACGUCAACCACACCAUCCUCGCCUUCAAUCCUGAAACAAUCGCCCGGGUGGACGAGGUGGUGCAUGAGUUCAUGACGCAGGUCGUUCACUUCGCGGAGGCUCAGCAGAAGGUCGAGGUCAAUGAUUGGUCGUUUCCCUCCUCCUUCCUGUACAGUGUCACCUUGAUAACGACCAUAGGCUACGGCAACAUUGUGCCCAAGACAACCGCCGGCCGCAUAUGCACCAUUAUCUACUCCAUCAUCGGCAUCCCUCUAACCCUUCUCUAUUUGUCCAACGUCGGCGCCAUCAUGGCCAACCUCUUCAAAAUUUUCUUCACUUUCAUCAUCUCCAUCCUGACGAAGCUGAACUGCCUGAAAGCCAAAGCCCGGAGAAAAGACCACGUCCCCAUCUACAUCUCCCUCAUCAUCAUCGGCUCCUACCUCUUCCUUGGUGCCGUCCUCUUCAGCAGCUGGCAAAAGGACUGGACCUUCAUCAUCGCGCUCUACUUCUGCUUCAUCACGCUCAGCACCAUCGGACUCGGGGAUUUCGUCUUUGGCUCGGACAUCCGAGAGUUCUCAGACUCGAAGCCCAUCUUCGGGGUCCUGUAUCUGAUCGUGGGUCUGUCCGUUCUGUCCAUGACGUUUAAUCUCAUGCAAGAGGAUAUUGCUAUGAAGGCCAAUGCGGUCUUGAUAAGGCUAGGUCUGAGAGCAGCCAUGAAGAAAGCGCAAAUGCAAGUGGCCAAUUAAAUUGAUUGGGCUAGAAUUCACGGCCAUGAAACAAAAGCCCAAGUGUUACUGGCCAACUAAAUUGAUGUGGUUGGGGUUCAGGGCUUUGGUGAAAGGCCAAAUACAUGUGACAAUCUAAAGUUGUAAGACAAAGUCUUACUGAGGCUAUGAAGUAACCCCCCUUACAUAAAGACUUUGAUAAUCCAUACAUCUGUUUUUAAAGUUUUUAUCAAACAGAUCGAAUCAAUGCUUUCUAUACAUGGGUGUAUCAAAUUUUCAACGCAUCCUAUGUAGCAUGUGUACAUGUUUAACAUGCAAAGCAAACGUACAUUGUGAAUACAACCUGAUAAACGCUCUACUUUUAAAACUCAGGAUUAUAUUUCGUAUACAAUUUUGUGGUUGUUUAUUUUUAAAUUAAUUCGGUUUAAUAAUCCAUCGCUUUAUGUGUAUGUGUAUCAGAUUGUGCUUACCUGACUAUGUUUGUUUGUUUGUUUGGUAGUUGUCUUAACAUAUGAUCAGAUAUCUGUUCCGAUACUCAACAAGAGGUUACUUGUUAUUUCUUUGUCCCAGUCUAGUCAACUCAAUGAUUUCACCGUUGUUGAUAAAUUCAUCUUUUGUUUUGUUGUGUGAAUAUAGCGUCCUCUCUUUACUUUGUGUUAUUGUAUUUUUUAAUAUUAAAGUAUAGAUCGGAAAGAACAUAAUCCACAAUGUAUUCAAAAGAUCAAUUUUUAUUUUUUUUUAUUGU